AUGCGUGCAGAUUUGUGGUCUAGUGUGGCGACAAUUGGUUGGGUGGUCAGUAUCGUUGGAUGCCACACUCCAGGCACUGAGCUCGAGUCCGUGAGGUAUGGGCCUACCGAAGACAGAUUCGGAAGCGAUACGUACACCGUCGCCAAUAUUAAUAUUACUUAUGAAGAUGAACAUGGAGUACUUUAUACUGAGACAUCUGAGUCCGGUAAAUAUGGUGAAGGCUACAUCGGUUCGUCCCGUGGGAUGGCAGUGCACAUCCGCGCGAAGGGGGCCGAGGGAGAGCGCGACCACACCGGGUGCACCUGGCCGCUGCUCUCCGUGGCAGCGCCCAACGACCCGUUGCCCAGUGAGCCUUGGAUCGCCGUUAUAAGGCGUGGCAGCUGCAACUUUGAGAUUAAGGUUCAGAAUGCGUGGCGAUCAAAUGCCUCAGCUGUGCUCAUUUACAACGACCGGGACACCACCAUGCUAGAAAAGAUGAAGCUUUCCACUGACAACGGACGUAAUAUAAGUGCCGUAUUCACGUACAAGUGGAAAGGCGAAGAAAUCACUCGUCUAGUAGACAACGGAACAAAAGUCAUAAUAGCAAUCAUCAAAGGACGCACCUUCACUCACAUAAACAGCAAUAUCAACAACGCGAGCGAGACGGGUACUAUUUACUCGUACGUACAGUAUUUAUUACGAGAAAAGACAUCGGUGCUGUUUGUGUCGAUAUCGUUCAUAGUGCUCAUGGUGAUCUCGCUGGCGUGGCUCGUCUUCUACUACAUACAGCGCUUCCGAUACAUACACGCUAAAGACCGACUUUCAAAACGUUUAUGCUGUGCUGCUAAGAAAGCGCUGUCUAAAAUACCCGUGAGGAGUUUAAAAACUGAUGACAGGGAGGUGCAAGGCGAUGGCGAGUGUUGCGCGAUAUGCAUCGAGCCCUAUAAAGUGUCGGAAUCGCUGCGCUCUUUACCAUGCAGACAUGAAUUCCACAAAAACUGCAUCGACCCAUGGUUGCUAGAGCAUAGGACGUGUCCAAUGUGCAAGAUGGACAUACUCAAAUAUUACGGCUUUGUGUUCACGGGCAGCCAGGAGAGUAUCCUGCAGCUCGAGGCGGACGAGACGCGCGGCGCGCUCAGCCCCGCCACCAACCGACACCCGCUCACACUGCUGACCAGCGACAACUCGUACUCGGAGGCGGGCAGCGAGCGCAGCAGCCGCGCCGCGUCGCCCGACCGCCUCGUGCCGCCCGCGCCCGACAGAUCGUGCAGCGGGUCCCAGUCGCACGGCGAGCGCGCAGACUGCGCCCACGACGCCGCAUCCAUCAGCUCCCAC